CUCCAGCCCAGAUCCAGCAGAUCCAGCAGACGCACCAGACCCAGCACCAUGGAGCAAGUAACGGCCCUGCUCAAGCACUUGAUGCAAAUCGAGUCCACCACCGGCAACGAAGGCCCCGUGGCUGUGGCUCUUGGCCAGUAUCUGCAGCAGCGCGGGUGGACGGUUGAGCUCCAGCCGGUCGACGCUGAUGGCAAGCGACGCAACGUCUAUGCCCAUCGUGGAGACUCCCGCAGCAAGCCGGUGGUGCUGCUGAACUCCCAUAUCGACACGGUUCCGCCCUACAUCCCCUUCUCCGAAGACUCGGACAAAAUCUAUGGACGGGGCUCCUGCGACGCCAAGGGCUCGAUUGCCUCGCAGGUGGUGGCGGUCAGCCAGUUGAUCGAGGAAGGCAAGCUCGCCGACGGCGAUGUCGCACUGCUCUAUGUCGUUGGGGAGGAAACCGACCAUGCCGGCAUGAUCAAGGCCAACGAGCUCGGUCUCGAUGCCCGCUUCCUCAUUGUGGGAGAGCCCACCGAGAGCUGUCUUGCCAACGGCCACAAGGGCAUCAUCAAAGCGACGGUUGUCUGCAAGGGCAAGGCCGGCCAUUCGGGCUAUCCCGAGCGAGGCGCCUCGGCCAUUGAGGCCCUCGUCAAGAUCCUCCACGAUCUCCAGAGCAACACCUGGCCCGUGGACGAGCGCCUGGGCCCCACAACCAUCAACCUGGGAAUCGUGUCCGGCGGCGUCGCUGCGAACGUCAUUCCAGAGCAUGCCGAAGCACAAAUCUCUGUGCGUGUCUCGGCCCAGCUGCAGCAGAUCGUCGAGCGGAUCCGCCACGGCGUGCAGAGCCACCAAGUUGCCGGUGUCGAUGCAUCGGUGCACUUUGGUGGUGUUCUGGAGCCGGUGAGAUGCGAAACGGUCGAGCUGACCGGUGUCGACACUUUUACGGCCGCGUACUUUACAGACAUCCCCUUCCUGAAAGGAAACCACCUUCCCCUCCUCAUCGGCCCAGGCUCCAUCAAAGUGGCCCACUCUGUCGACGAGCAUGUCGAGAAGAAAGACCUGGUUCAACUUGUUGACAUCUACAAGGAGCUGAUUCUCAAGCUCGUUGCCCGCGCCAAGCAGUAGCGCAGCGGUGCCUUGGUUGUCACGGCCGAGUGCAACAGGGCAUUGGUCUGCCUGACUCCCAUCUGGAUGCGAAUUAUUACAGUGCAGUUAUUCCGUCGUCACUACCACUUCGCUGCCCACAAAUGGCUCCAUCCAUUGCGGUAUGGCUGCCUCCUGCAACGGUCAAGCUGCUGGCGCCGGUCUGUGGCCAACACACUUUGUACAUAGUAAAGCAGGAUGCAAGUGAACCUUGACAGGACGCGCAUGCUGGCUCCAUACUUUGCAUCAUUCGGUGUGCCUCCUUCGUUGCCGUGGCAUCGCAAUGCAAUGCUAUGUGUUGCCGAUCCGUGCUCCUGCAUCGGCGGCACGCAUGCUCCGGGCAUGUGUCGCUCGGGGGCGACUGCAAGC